CUGCCCUGGGAACCUGAAAUUUGAUUUCAAUGAAUACAUGUUGCGGGUUUUGGAGUCUGAUUUUAAGGUGGUGGUUGGCAUAAGCUGGUACUUGUGGGUUUUCGUGGUGAUAUUUAUGUUGCUGAAUAUAAACGGCUGGAACACAUACUUUUGGAUUGCAUUCCUUCCCCUUAUUCUUCUGUUGGCUGCUGGGACUAAAUUAGAGCACGUCAUAGCUCAGUUAGCCCGGGAUGUCGCUGAGAAGCACUCCGCUCUCGAGGAUGAUUUGAUUGUAAAGCCAUCAGAUGACCACUUCUGGUUUGGGCGGCCGAGGAUUGUCUUAUUCCUGAUCCACUUUAUCCUCUUCCAGAACGCCUUCGAGAUUGCAUUCUUCUUCUGGAUACUGACCACUUAUGGAUUCAACUCGUGCAUCAUGGGGCAUGUAGGUUUUAUUGUGCCGAGGCUUGUUAUUGGGGUCAUUAUUCAGCUUCUCUGCAGCUACUGCACUCUGCCUCUGUAUGCAGUUGUAACACAGAUGGGAAGCUUCUACAAGAAGGAGAUCUUUAAUAAGCAUGUGCAGCAGGGUGUUCUGUCUUGGGCUCAGAAGGCUAAGAUGAAGAAGGCAUUGGAGAAGAGCAAUGGCACAGCAGAAUCAACGAGCACUGUUGAUUCAGCAGGGCCUUCUACUAAGAUUGAAAUGAUGAAACCAGCAACGCAGGAAGGCAAUGAUGACGGUGAAAUCAUAGAAUGGAGCCGUGUUGUCUAGAGCAAUGGAUCGUACGUAUGCUGGCUCUUAAUUAGUGCGCGCUGCAAUGCAAUGAUGCCGCUCAAUCAUGUCUAUUAUUAUUAUCAAGAUAUAUAGAUUUACUUGUUGCAACUCUAAAACAUUCUUGUCCAAAAGUUUCUCACCCGGCCGGUUAUACUUAAUCAGUUGGUUAUACUGUGAGUUUAAGAUAAGUAUAAGCAAAUUAAGGCUUAUUUGAACAUGCUCUUCUCGGUUAUAAUAAAAGCCUAUUAGAAUCA